AUGAAACAGCGAAUAACUUAUGUGGUGACAAACCCAGAGGAGUUUACUCCCGAUCAGCUUGAUGUCGGCGAAGACAAUUCUGGCCCAUACUUUGCAUUGGACAAUGUCUAUGCUGCAAAGGAACACCGUAUCACACUCGGCCUGAAUGAGCUACCUGAAGAAUGUUCGUCAACAUCAUCCAGCUCCACAAAGGUGCCAGUCCUCUCAGAACGCUUCUCAAUGUCGGCCACCUCGCAGUACUACAGCUACUUGGAUGACAUCGACCAAGUUAGGAGUUUCUUCCAGCAGAAGUUUUGCAAAAAAUAUGGGAAAAGCCAUUGUUUGGAUGCGAUCGAUGGCUUUGCUCAAUCAGAUUAUAUCGAUGUGGACUACGAUACUAUCUCAAGAAGCGUUGUUCUGACAGCGGAGUCCUCCAAUGCAGGAUCCACCAACGAAGGCCGGACUGAGACAAUUAGACUACCAAGUAAAGAAGCGACAGUAGAGAUUGGGGUAUUGAGUUUGGAGGGAAAUGCCGACCCCGAAGAUGUGCAAUUUGGAGGUUUCUUGACAGUGCUAGGGCAAGACGAUAAACCGAACCGCUCCUGCAAACUACACACCCACCUAACCCUCCCCUCCUACCUCUUCAUCGACAAGUACCAAUUCUCCGACACCCUCUUCCUCGCAGACAAGAACCUAAAGCGCCUCCGCAGUCUAGCCGGCGCUACCGAUCUCGAAGCCCCAGACUGGGUUGUGCCGGCUUGGGGCUCCGCAGCGCUCUUCGAACUCGCUACACCCAAGCCAGAGAAGAUUGAAUAUCCCAAGGGGGAUGUUGAGGAUGAGAAGAAGAAGCAGUAG